GAGUGACGAUAUACAACUAGGUUAAUCCCUACGCGGCGGUCCUAUAAAAUUCCUGUGCGGGCGCCACCAUCCCCGUCCACUCUGGUCACUGAGUAGUUGCCAUCUCCCAGCCUCCUCCCUUCCUCUCUCCUCUCUCUCUCUCUCUGUCUCUCUCUCUCUUAUGCUUCAUGUGAAGCCCCGGCAAAGAGAGCGAAAGAGAGAUAAGGUCAGUGUCUGCUCAUGGCAAAGUGGUUUUCAGAAUUUAUUAUGUUCAGGUGGCGGUUUACCUUGCUCAUCUUCCUCUCUCCUCCCCGCCACACAAAAGAGGUCCAGAUUCCUGCCAUGGAUUAUGCUAGGUUCUUAAAGCCGGGUUUCAUGGCAAAGUUCUAAGCUUUCCCCUGAACAAUUCACAGUUUUGGAAUGGGGUUGAAUCGGAUUUUUGUUAUGGUUUGAGAAGUUUGUAGGUUGGAAUGAGAGGGACACCAUGAAUGCUACAAAACCUGGAAAUUUGGUAUCUCGCACCUGUUUCAAGCCGAGAAAGUUGGGUCUUUUAGGUUUUGAAUAUGACCAGGGCCAUCCGCCAUGGAUUUGUGAAGGAUGACUCUGGUUCUGUUGGCGCUUUACACGCAGAGGAUCAUGAAACCAUAAGUCAGCAUCUUCGGAAUCACGUUCACCUCACAAACUGCAUCCAUCUCAAGAACCAUAUGCAUCGCCAUAGCCCAAUUCAGGCGGAGAGGUCUCUCAUGAGGGACCUUGUUGUUCUUCAGAGGUCAAAGUCUCUCCGAGACCCCUCCACCAGUCCUCCACCCUUUCUUUCCCCUUUUGUUAUCGCCACAUUGGUGAAGAGAUCAGGAAAGGAUGCCGGAGUUCAGAAUGGGAGAAGGUCUAUUGGUGUUGAUGUGGUUGGGGAGGUCAAUCGGUUAUCUGUCAAUCAUCCAAAGGCUGCUGUUUUGUCCUCCUACAAUGUUACUGCAGUAGGAACAAGUGGUGAUCACAGUGCUGGCAAGGAAUGCAGGGAUGAAGAAUUGAGAAAGGGAGAAGAUGGCAGCAGAUUUAAGCAAGGAGAGAAGGCAUCUCAUUCUAACCUUGUGAAUAAUCCUAGACUCAAGACGCUCUCGGAGCAAUUGGAAGAAAUCCCCAGUCAGAGCGAUAAUGAGAUCAGGAAACCUCCACUCCAGUCCCAGCACAGAGGCCGACGGGGAGGUGGAGACAAAAGAAGUAAAGAUUUUAAGACAAGUGGGUUUAGUAGAACGAAGAGGAGAAAGUCCAGAGGCUUAAGAAGGACUCAUGGUUCAGUAGAUUUAAGAGGUGGUAGAGUGCACAAUGACAUGUCUGUUGCUUCAACAUCGCUUGCACAUCACAAAUGUUUUUUGGGAGAAGAAGAGGAAGAUCAGGAGAAUGGUGAGGUAGAUGUCACUCAAGCUCCAAGCCAUGGCUGUGGGAUUCCAUGGAACUGGUCAAGGAUACAUCAUAGGGGUAAGACAUUUUUAGAUAUUGCAGGGAGAAGCUUGUCUUGUGGGUUGUCUGAGUCAAGUUUGAGGAAAGAUGGAGGUUCUGUUCAACAAAGCCUGAAGGAGAAGGAUAACUCGAGACUGCCUGUUACAUCUCAACUAUUGACUUCAUCAACUGGAUCUGAUUCAGAGGCCCUUCCAUUCUUAUUAGAUCCAUCUGGAUCACCAGAAGGUAAUUUAAGUCCCCACGAACUUUGCAUUUAUGCUAAUAAUAACUGUCACGAAUUAGAUUCAGACCUUAUAUCAGAAGCAAGAUCAGGCAAUCAACACAGCUCUAGAGGAUAUUGCAGAAGAAGGCAUCAAAAUCUUACGCAGAAGUAUAUGCCCAAAACAUUUAAAGAUCUUGUGGGACAAAGCUUGGUAGUCCAGGCUCUUUCUAAUGCUGUCUUAAGGAGAAAAGUUGGGUUGAUUUAUGUCUUCUAUGGGCCUCAUGGGACUGGUAAAACUUCCUGUGCUCAUGUUUUUGCUAAAGCUCUGAAUUGCCAAUCUACUGAACAUUCUAAACCAUGUGAUGUAUGUACGUCAUGUAUGUCACACAAUUUGAGGAAGAGUAGAAAUUUGGUUGAAGUGGAAGCAGUUAGCACAUUUGACACUGGGAGAAUUACAGAUGCUCUAAAUAAUGUUAUGUUAUCCACAUCAACAUCCCAAUACAAAGUUUUCAUUGUUGAUGUUUGUGAUAAUUUGCCACCAGAUUUUUGGAUGGCAAUCACAAAGGUUGCUCAUCAUGCGCCGCGUCACGUGGUUUUUAUCCUUAUUAGCUCUUCUCUUGAUCAUUUGCCUCAUCAAAUCAUAUCUAGGUGUCAGAAGUUCUAUUUUCCAAAAGUCAAGGAGUCAGAUAUAAUUAUUACUUUGCAGCAGAUAUCAACUAAUGAGGGCCUAGAAAUUGAUAAAGAUGCAUUGAAACUUAUUGCUUCACGAUCAGAUGGAUCCUUAAGAGAUGCAGAGAUGACUCUUGAUCAGCUUAGUUUGCUUGGACAAAGAAUUUCUCUUCCUCUUGUUCAGGAACUUGUUGGUUUAGUUUCAGAUGAGAAACUGGUAGACUUGCUUGAUGUGGCAUUAUCGGCAAACACAGUUGAUACUAUAAAAAAUUUGAGAGAAAUCAUUGAAGCUGGAGUUGAACCCAUCGCACUCAUGUCACAACUUGCAACAUUGAUUACUGAUAUACUCGCAGGAAGUCAUGUAUUUACACGAGAAAGACCACGAAGAAAGUUUUUUCACCGCCAAACUAUAUCAAAGGAAGAUAUGGAGAAACUACGCCAAGCAUUGAGAACUCUCUCCGAAGCUGAAAAAAAUUUGCGGCUUUCAAAUGACAAAUUAACUUGGGUUACGGCCGCUUUGUUACAAAUCAUUCCGGAUCAACAGUACGCACCCAGAUCAUCUAUUGAUGCUCAUUCGAGCCAUACUCCAUUACUCAUUAACGGUACCGACAAGCAAAUAGAAGCGAGGAAUGCCAUUAAUGGUGAAGAUGAAGCAUGUUAUAGUGAAGACGAAAUAAAGAGGAACUUAGGAGUUGAUAGUCUGAGACAUAAAGGACUUAAAAAUGCUAUGAAAGCUAACAUUAAGAGUCCAAAUGGGAAGGAUGACUCCAUUAGAGAAAAUUUGAGCUCUAAUUUUGGAAGAAGAUGGAGAGAUUAUGGAAAAAUAUGGGAAGAAGUUAUUGAAAAUGUUCAAUCUGAUGCGCUUAAACAGUUUCUAUGUCAGGAAGGAAGGUUGAAUUCGAUCCGCACGGGUUCUGCUCCUAUCGUGCAACUGGUCUUUAUGUCACCUGCGAGCAAAUCCAAAGCUGAAAAAUUUAGAGGACAAAUUUUGCAAGCACUUGAGUUCGUUUUUCGUACCAGUGUGAUACUUGAAAUCAGAUGCUACCCUCGGAUAGAUGCAAGACAAGGUGCUCGAGUUUUUGAUGAUUUGGACGAACCCAAUAAUAUUUCUUCGAGAAUGACCGCUAUUCAACACUCCAUAUCUAAUCAUAACUCUCACUCUCCACAGUCCGAAAGCCUUCUGAGGCGGAUGCCUCACGAAAAUGCCCAAAGAGGAAGCGGUUCUCGCCUUGCCGACGAACUACAAUUUGAUUAUCUUGCCAUGGAAAGAGAUCGGAAGGGUAAAGGGCCAGAAUGUGUGAAGGCCGGAGUGGGAUCUUCUUCACAAAAACACGAAGACAGUGCUAAUUUAUGUGGAAGAAUGGGUUAUGAGGAGCGAAAUCAUAGUAAAAGCUUGGUCAAAGGUAAAGUUUCACUUGCUCAUGUGAUUCAACAAGCAGAAGGUUGUGCAAACCAUGGUGGUUGGUCGAAGCAAAGAGCGAUUUCCAUUGCUGAGAAACUUGAACAAGAAAAUAUGAGAUUAGAAUCUCGAUCAAGAAGUUUGCUAUGCUGGAAAGUUCCAAGAGUCGCUCGAUCAAAGUUUGUUCUCUCAAGAAAAAAGACGAAGAAUCCAAGAUCCCUGCUGAAACUUAUAACCUGCAGUAGAUGUUUAUCUUCUAGAUCUGCAAGGUAAAGGCGUGUUUCGGUUACCUGCCUUUAUGAUGUAUAAGGCCUUUUUUUCUUUACUGCAAUUGUAGUUCAUGCUUACUGUUUUAAUCUUUUCAAUGUGUUAUUUAAUUAGCCUUUAAGAAUGUGUACAUUUCUCAUUAAGCUUAUGAAUAAAAUAAUUA